UUGACAACUCGUGCGUUCGCUAACAUAAGAAACCUUUAAAUGCGGUUGCUUGGAACUCUCUACAAAUUUAGUAGAUUACUGAAUCGUACCCUCAUCCGGGAUUUCCCCAAACGCAGCAUGGCCUGCAGCAGAUUCGAGUACGUUAAAUCCUUCGAACAGGACGACAGCAUAUUGCCCAACGUGUGGAUAGUCAUACGAAUCGAUGGCAAAAAAUUUCACAAGUUCUCAAAGACGCACGACUUUGAAAAGCCCAACGAUGAGAAUGCUCUCAAUGUGAUGAAUGCGGCCGCCACGGCAGUGUUGCAAGAGUUUCGGGACGUGGUCCUGGCUUAUGGCCAGAGCGAUGAGUACUCCUUUGUAUUCCGCAAGGAGACGACUGCCUUCAAGCGACGCUCUGCCAAGUUGCUCACCUACGUCACCAGUUUGUUUUCCACGAGCUAUGUGAUGCACUGGUCCAAGUGGAUGAACCUACCCUUGGCUUACGCUCCCUGCUUUGACGGGCGAGUGGUCCUGUAUCCUUCGGAGCAGAACCUUAAGGACUAUCUCAGCUGGCGACAAGCCGAUGUCCAUGUCAACAAUCUGUACAACACUGCAUUUUGGAAACUGGUUUUGGAAAAAGGUCUGACGAACCAGGAAGCAGAGGCGAAACUGCGAGGAACCUUUUCGGCGGACAAGAACGAGUUGCUGUUCCAGGAGUUUGGCAUAAACUACAAUAAUCUACCCGCUAUGUACAGAAAGGGAACGAUCCUGCUCAGGAAGCGGGUAAUAGUGGGCGAGAAGAGCAGACAGGCUAUAGUGCCGCUGCACGAGGACCUCAUAUCCUCGCAUUUCUGGAAGCAGCACACGGAGAUCUUGGGAAAAUAUGUGCCGGGCACUUACGAUGCCCCAGUGCCAUUGCCUAGAUUGGUGGAGUUGCAACUAAAUGAGAAGCAGGUAAGCGAGGAGGCGGAGGAGCCACAAAAUGAAGCCCGGAUUAGCUGAUAGU